AUGGACCCCAAGGACCGCAAGAAGAUCCAGUUUUCGGUGCCAGCACCCCCCAGCCAGCUGGACCCCCGCGCCGUCGAGAUGAUCCGCCGGCGGAGGCCCACGCCAGCUAUGCUCUUCCAGCUCUCUGAGCACUCGUCCCCAGAGGAUGAGUCCCUGCCCUAUCAGGUGAGUUGCCCCAGUGCUCCCAGUGCUUGUAGUGCCCGGAGCUGGGUCCUGAUGCUGAUGCCCCCCCCAGCGAUGCAGCGCAUCGUGCAGUCCCACCUGGAGAGUGGCCUGUCCGGGGGUGACAGCUCCGACGGGGAGCCCGAUGACGGGGACCACGAGCUGGCCCGCGGCUGCGACCCUGACAGCGCCCUUGAGUCCG